UGCUAUUGAUAUAAUGCAAUCUAUGUGCCUUAAGGAAGCUGGUGCAAAUGCAACAGACCCUUUAGUAGGGGAAACUAAUCAUUUACAACUGAUUUUUGGGGGUUACCUUCGAUCUAAGCACAACCCACAAGCUGAAAACAGCAGGCAACAACAUUCUCUAGGCCUUUUCCAGCCCUUCAGCAGCCGAUUCAAGCCCAACAGCAGCAGCAACAGCACCACCAAUACUUCCAGCACAGAAUUAACAGCUCAUGACAUGUACCAGACUACCUUGGAAGUGGUGCCGAAGGAAGAGAUUUUCGUCCCUCUCAUACGGACACAACGUCCACAUCUCUGCAGUGGAUCAUGGCGAACCUGGUGAAGCAUCAAGAUGUGCAGGCCAAGCUGGUGGAAGAGAUCGAUCAGGUUAUGGGGGAUGGAUGAGAAGACAUUGAAGAGGAGGAUUUGCAGCAGAUGUCAUAUCUGAAGGCAGUGAUCAUUCUAGAAAAGAGCAAGGAAUUGUUAGAUUAUAGAUGCCUGGAAAUGAAAUGUUGUAAUGGAAUUGAAAUUGAAAUGUGUACUAGAAAAGAAGGAAAAGAUUAUUGUGUGUGAAUCAUUUUAUUGUCUUUUUCUAUUUGUGUAAUUAUCUGGCAUAUAAUACAAGUAGAUUACAUACCCCUCUCUCUCUCUCUCAUACAAUGAACAAAGGGGUUUAAAAUUGUUCUUAAAAUUCCAUCCUAAAAUCUGACUGUUGGCAACAUUAAUAAGCAUUCAAAACCGUUUCUAAAAUUGUGCCUAAAAUGUGA